AUGGGUAAAGUGGGUAAAAUAAGCAAAGAGAGAGAAGGCAUUCUUAGCCAGCAGCUAGAGGGUGCACGACAACAGCUGGCUGAUGCUCUCAGACGCCUCGCUCAGCGUGAAGAGGAUGUACGCCGCUGUAAUGUGGAUCUUACUGAAGCUCGUUCACAGCUUGUCACUUUAGAACUAGAGCUCCAAGAGGCCCGGGAAACCUUGAGAAGCCUGGAAGAGGAGGCAGAGAAGCAGAUCUCCUUACAGGUCCGUAUGAGAGAGGAGAACAUCAGGCUGCAGAAACGUGUGGAACUCCAGCAGCAGAGGAAAGAGGAGGAGCAGAGAUCUCUGUUGGAUCUCCAGGGCUCAGUCAAGAACCUGAGCGCUGCCAGAGCUGACCUUGCUGCCAAACUGGCUGAAGUGGAGCGCUCCAAGAAGGAUCUAGAACAACAGCUCGCUGCAGCUCAGGAAGAGAGCUCCUCUUUUGGACGACAGCUGGAACUGGAGAGGCAGGUCCAUCAGAAGAAGCUAAGCCACCUCCGAACGAUCCAGCAAGAAGGAAAAGCCCAAAAGGACAGAGAUCUACAUGACAUGCUGAGAUUAUAUCAGCGAGAGCGAGAAGAACUGGAGGCUUUCGUCAGAGACCUUAAGUCGGAGGCAGUGGCCGAUAGUGAACUGAGGAGAGUUCUGCAGCUGAAGCUGGACAAAAUGAGGACUGAAUGUGAUAAACUUACGGAGCAGCUGAGCACCAGCGAGGAGAAUCAUACUAAGCUCCUCCGCAAAUGCCAUGCCCUCAAAAAAGAGCUGGAUGUGAAGGUAGCAGAGAGGGAGGAGGAGAGGAGGCAGAGUGCAGGGCACUCCAUGGCGGAGCUGCAUGAGAGGGUCACAGGCCUCCAGACGGAGCAGGAGUCCAUCCUCCAUGCCGUAGGGACUCAGAUUGACUCAGCUUGCCAGUUCUUGACAAAAGACUCAGCCGCCAAGCUUGAAGCCAUUACCCUGACUCCAGGACUGCAGAAGGAUUCCCAUCGCUGGCUUGCUGAGGUUAAGUCAAAGCUCCAGUGGCUGUGUGAGGAGGUGCGUGAGCGGGAGUCCAGAGAGAGGAGGUUGAGGAGGACACUGCAGCAGAAUAAGGAGCAGAUGAAAGCACUGAUGCAAAGCAAAGACUCAGAACUGCAGAGCCUCCUGGACCGCAUUACCCUGCAGGAUCGGCUCCUCAAAGACAUCCAAUCAGAGAAGAGAGGUCUUCUUGAAAUGGGCCGCAAGAAGGAAGAUGAGAUGAGAAAUCUUCAGGACCGGAUUGUAGAUCUUGAAAUGAGCACCAGACUGGCCUUAGAUCAUCUGGAAUCAGUUCCUGAGAAACUGAGUUUGCUGGAAAACUUCAAGGAUCUCGAGGAGUCACAGAAGCAGAGAGAAAUGGUGGAGCAACGUUAUGCCAAAUAUAAGGAGAUAGUUGGUGACCUCCAGCAUCAGCUUGAGGAAUCUAAGAUGAGGAUUCAGGAAUACAAGGAUGAGAAGUUGGAUGCAGCCUGUCGGAGUCUCCAGCUUACUGGUCUGACAUCAUCUGUGCUCAUUCAGAGCAAUAUCCUGACUGGUACCACUCUGUCUACCCAUACCUCACCACAGAAGCCACUUGCCAGUCCAGAUUUGGAAUCCAGUUUGACCCAAGAGCACUUUUCUACCUUCAACGAAGCAAACUCUAAACACACAAGCAUGUAGCACACAGCUGAAACUUUUGGCGAUAAUGAUAAACUCAUGAUAAAUACUCAGCACUACCUCUGAUUCCAACCAGAUCCUUAUGCUUGGACCGAUUAGAUCACUAUAACAUAUAGAACAGUUCCUAUGUAGUGUCUGUAUGACAGUUAAGCUCUGCUUGAUCAGUAUAAUUAUUUGUAAGCGAACUGUUUCUGUAUGUCUUUCUUUCUGAUUUUGUUACAACUUUCUGAA